CGCAAUCUUACUUGAUUUGAUGAUAUCGUCGUUCAUCCGUCGCUGCCCACUCUGUUGCUUUACUGCGUUGGGUUCAGAGAUUCUUGGAGGGCUCGGGCGAGGUGGAUUCCCAUGGCGACCUCGAAGAACGAGAGCUUCUCCGAGCUCGGAUGAGCCCCCCUCCUUACCCCGCCAACGAAUGCGCGUCCACGACGUCACCCUGUUCGGCGCCGUGAAGGUUGUCGCUUGCUCGCGUCACUUCUUUCUUACGGGGAAUGCGUCGCUCUAAGUUAUUUUAGGCAUGUCAACCCAGCCUUCGCCUUGCCUCUGCGAUGCUUGUCUUUACUAGUCGCCACUUCUCGGAGUUAGGGCUGCAAUGACGUUGUUUUGGCAGUUUGAAGAGCUUUUGAAACCCUAGGUGAGGUAUUGAUUAAAGUGGUCCGUAAAGGAUGAAGCUUUCGACCGUAGGUAUUGGCGAGCAAGCACAGGAAGCCGAUGAGAAGAGAUGCUUGAAUUCGGAGCUCUGGCAUGCCUGCGCCGGACCACUUGUAUGUUUGCCGACGGCCGGUACCAGGGUGGUCUACUUUCCUCAGGGUCAUAGCGAGCAGGUAGCGGUUUCCACAAACAAGGAAGUCGAGGGACAUAUUCCUAAUUACCCAAGUUUGCCUCCUCAGUUGUUUUGCCAACUUCACAAUGUAACAAUGCAUGCAGAUGCUGAAACUGACGAAGUUUAUGCUCAGAUGACUCUGCAACCUUUAAGCCUGCAAGAACAGAAAGAUGCAUAUUUUCCAAUCGAGAUGGGUGUUCUGAGCAAGCAGCCAACAAACUAUUUCUGCAAAACUUUAACUGCAAGUGAUACCAGCACUCAUGGAGGAUUUUCUGUCCCUCGCCGUGCAGCUGAGAAAGUGUUUCCACCACUGGAUUUCUCCCAACAGCCACCAGCUCAGGAACUUAUUGCACGUGAUCUUCAUGAUUUUGAGUGGAAGUUUCGGCACAUUUACCGAGGUCAACCAAAAAGGCAUCUUCUGACCACAGGUUGGAGUGUGUUCAUUAGUGCUAAGAGAUUAAUUGCCGGUGAUUCUGUUCUUUUUAUCUGGAAUGAGAAGAAUCAGCUUUUGUUGGGAAUAAGGCGUGCAAGUCGACCACAAACUGUGAUGCCAUCUUCAGUUUUAUCAAGUGACAGCAUGCACAUAGGGCUCCUUGCUGCUGCAGCUCAUGCUGCCUCUACGAACAGUCAUUUUACUGUAUUCUAUAACCCAAGGGCGAGUCCAUCUGAGUUUAUGAUACCACUUUCCAAGUACAUCAAGGCUGUUUUUCAUAUGCGUGUUUCUGUUGGUAUGCGAUUCCGAAUGCUUUUUGAGACAGAAGAAUGCAGUGUUCGCAGGUACAUGGGAACAAUUACUAGCAUAAGCGAUUUGGAUCCUGUACGUUGGCCAAAUUCUCAUUGGAGGUCAGUGAAGGUUGGAUGGGAUGAAUCUACGACAGGUGAGAGACAGAUGAGGGUCUCAUUGUGGGAAAUUGAGCCACUAACAACCUUCCCUAUGUAUCCAUCUUUGUUUCCGCUCAGGCUCAAGCGUCCUUGGCAUCUUGGUGUCCCCUUUCCUAAUGAGACCAAACAAGAUGAGCUAAAUGCUCUUAUGUGGACGAGGAUUGGGUCUGGAGAUCAAGGUUUGCAGUCCUUCAAUCCCCAAUCACUUGGUAUGAGCUCAUGGAUGCAACAGAGAUUUGAUCCAUUGUUAGUAGGGAGCGACAUCAAUCAAUAUCAAGCUAUGACUGCUACUGCUUUGGAGGACCUGCGAGGGAAUGAUGUUCUGAAGCAACAAUUGAUACAAAAUCAACAACCAUUUCAAUUUAUUCAACAGCCCUGCUCAACUAGCCAUUUGAUGCCUCUUCUAGAUUUUCAGCAGGCUCUGCAACAGCAUAUUAUUAGUUCUCAAUCUCAACAUUUACGGGAGAACCAAGCAAAUUCUGGGCCCCACCAGCAGUUGCAACAGUUACAUAAUGACCAGCAAAAGCCUCAGGCUCAACAAGCACAUGCCUAUGCAGAUACAUUUCUAAUGCGUAAUAAUCAUGAGCAACAACAGUCUACUUUGCCUUCCCAAUUUUAUGAAAGGUCAAUCUUUCCUGAUUCAAACUUAAUUUUGUCAUCGAAUGUUCCGUCAAGUUCUGUACCUGGUGUUGUAGAAUCUGCUUAUCCUGAAGGAAACAGUGACCUCUCUAACUGUUCCCAACUUGGUCUUUCGAUGAUUAACCAGCAGAGUCAGCAGCCAUUAGUACUGAAACAAACUAUGGCUCAGGUGACUCCUUUUGAUAGUAAAGUUAUGCUUCCUUCAUUUGUGGAGAACGAUAGUUCAUUUGUGGAGAAAAAUAAUUCUGAUGAUAUUGAAAAUUCUCCUAGUACCCAUAAACAUGCACCAUUUGGGCUUAGCAAGGAUCCAUCCUUCUUCCGUUCUAUUGCAGCUCCUAAGUUAACUUUGAAUCCAACUGUCAGUGAUCCAUCUAGCACUGCAUUUGUUGCUUCAAAUGUUCAUAGCUCUCUCUAUGGGUAUUUGGAUGAAUCUUCAAACUUACUGCAGAAUGCUGGAGAGAUUGGUCCACUGGCCCAAACAUUUGUUAAGGUUUAUAAAUCAGGAUCAGUUGGAAGGUCAUUAGACAUAUCACGGUUCAGCAACUACGAUGAACUGCGCAUGGAACUGGGUCAUAUGUUUGGUAUUGAGGGUCUAUUGGAGGAUCCUCGUAGAUCAGGCUGGCAGCUUGUAUUCAUCGACAGGGAGAAUGAUGUACUUCUCCUUGGAGAUGAUCCGUGGGAAUCAUUUGUGAAUAAUGUUUGGUAUAUCAAAAUACUUUCUCCAGAAGAGGUUCAAAUGAUGGGAAAACAAGGGAUUGAAUCCAUAUGCUGAUCCCCUUGCACUUCAAGAUUUCGAGGUUGUGCUCCUGUGAUGAUUGAUCGUAUGCAACAAGAUAAUUAGGACGUCCCAUAGCAUUCCAAAGAUCAACCAUCGGUUUACUCUGUUCUACUAGUUGUAUUUGGCAAGUACUUGUCAGCUCAAAACUUGUUAUUACGAUGAUGAUAUGAAGUUUGAGCUUUGCUGUGUGUUGUAUUUUCCAGAAGCACAAAUCUCCUUAAAAUAUAUUGUCGUAAACACUGAUAAUUACUAGAUUGCUGUUUGCAGAUUAAGAUGUUAUUACUGUUUGCUGAAGAAUUUUUAAAGUAUUGAGCAUAAACGUGGUGGA